GCGUAUUAAUUUCUCUACAUUGACAUCCAUUCGCACCCUCACCUUGAUGUACAGAAGAAAAUAGCACCAAGAAGUCUCAUAACGAGUUUGUGACCUAGAAGACAACCUUCGUAACAUCUCCCGGAAAACUAUGCCCCGAAUCAAACCUCAACUCUUUUGGCAAGGCCGCAAAAAACUAGGUCUUAACGCCGCCAAACUUCUUCCCGUUUGUCGAACCCUCGAAUCAACCGCCAACGAGCUCCGCUGGAUCAAACAGCAUGUCGCCGAAACCCCUUCCAUCAUUCCCUUUGGUGCCCGAGUAUGGAAGCUAUGCGACAGGCGAGGCAAAGGUCUCCCUUUGGCUUACGUGCUUGGCAACCAGCCAUUCGGUGAUCUCGAAAUCAAGUGUCAACCAGGGGUGUUGAUUCCCAGAACGGAAACAGAAUCCUACACCAUCCACCUCUCCAACAUCCUUCGCCACUCUCUUUCCAGUUCCAAGUCCGAAUCAGAUCCAGAUCAACACCAACCCCUAAACAUCAUCGAUCUAUGCACCGGCACAGGCUGCAUCCCACUCCUCCUCUACUCCCAACUCUCCCGCUCUCUCCCUCUCCAGUCCCUAAACAUAGUGGGAGUCGACAUCUCCCAAAAAGCCAUCAACCUCUCCCGCCAAAACCUGCACCACAAUCUCCAUGCGCACCGCUUCCCUCGCCCUUCCAGUCCCAGAGAUAAAUCCCAUCCACAAAGAUUGCUCCACUUCCACAAAGCCGAUAUCUUCUCUCCUACCUCCUUAGACCCAAUCCUCUCCACCCCUUCAUCAUCAUCCACUUCCUCCUCCUCCUCCUCCUCCUCCUCCUCCUCUACAGGUACGGGUGAAUGGGACCUCCUGACCUCCAACCCUCCUUACAUCUCUCCCUCCGGCUUCGCUCUGUCCACCUCCCGCUCCGUGCGCAACUGGGAACCAAAACUCGCUCUCGUCCCGCCCGUCGAGCGCGUGGAUUUACAUCAGAAGCAUUUCUACGACCACUGGUACUACCCAGACAACGAAAUCCUGUUACAAACGGUGGAGUAUCAGGAAGAAGACGUGUUUUAUGCACGACUGCUGGAGAUUGCGAGGACUUAUAGGCCGAAAAGGGUGCUAAUGGAGGUUGGGGACAUGGAGCAGGCGAAGCGGGUGGUGGGGAUGGUUUUGGGGGAUGGGAAAUUGAGGGGACUUUAUUUCGGGAAUGGGGAAGUGACUAGAGGAGGAAACGAAAGGGGGGCUGGGGCAGGUGCGGUGCAGAUCUGGAGAGAUGAUUUGGUGGGGUUUGAAGGGUAUGAAGAGAUUAUGGAGGUGGGAGUGGGAGUAGAUGGACAAAAACAAAUAAUUGUAGUGAAGGGUCAUCCGGAGGGACAUGGGAGGAGUGUGUAUUUGAGGAGAGUUGGGGUGGUUGAUGAUGUAUGAGGGACUGAAGAAAGGGAUAGGAGGUGUUAACAGCAAGUUUUUUUCAUCUUGAAUACUGUGGACAAGUUGGAAAUGAAAGAGGAAAACUCAAUGAACGCACAUGAAUAUUACUUGAGCAACAUCGAUCACGACAGAAGGUGCAAAAAGCUCAAUCACCCAAGAGGCUUGGGGGAACGAACCACCAUGCUCCGAGAGACCUACGAAAACUUUACCUCGGUAAUCACGCACAACGGCAAUGUUUCCAUUAACAGGAACCACUGCACCAUACGACCACCGCAGGUUCCAUUGUGGUACAGGGGCUAGGCAACGGACCUCAUAUGGUUGCCUGGUGCUGGUGGAUGGGAUGAAAGGGCACAGGCUCGG